AUGAGGUGUACUCGAAUUGAAGGCGAGUUAUUGAGCUCAAUGCGAGCAGAGUUGGCAUCUUUGUCAUCUCAACCUUCCGUCCCCGCACGAGCGGCAUCCCCGAUUCAUGUCGGCACAAAGGAGAGUUGUGAUGCUCCCGAUAGAGGGGCAGAGGUUGCUCCUACCGACACCUGCCGACCGUCGGCUGUAUGUUGCGGGUCCUCCCGAGCAUUUGGUGGCAUACGGAAGAGGCUGAAAAAGCAAAGGAAGUUGUGCAUGAAUCACCACCACCACCAUCUCGCUUACGACGACUCGGUGCAACUGGCAGCGACUAUCGGGACCACUCCCAUACGGUUAGAUAUGCCACCCGAAGUCGUAUGCGGGACCAAGACGAUCCCUUUUUUCUUACUCCAAAGGGAUAUUUUUGAUCUUCUCGCUGAUACUCGAUAUGUUAUGUGUAUCGGUGUUGCGGCUUUGGGAAUUAGGAAGAUCCGCUAUCUCUAUGGAUUUGUUGACCCUGUUGCCAUUCGAUCAGUUGGGAAUAAAGUCGAAGAGGUGCAAACGUACUUAAUAGAGGCAUUUCAAAAUGGGGGCAAAGAAGUCUACUUAGCACCUUACUUGCAUCGAGCUUUGGAAGCUCACCUAAGGUUGCAAGGUCUUCCAUCUCAUGCUAGAAAGAAGUUGACGUAUAUUGCACCAAAGCUUCGUUGCUCUCGCAUUGCACCUCCCUUCAAAAUCUCAAAAAACCACUCUCUCUCGAUCACCGGGAGAACCGAACCGAACUCCUCCGCCGCCUCUCUCGCCGUCGCGCCCUCCGGUCACAUCCUCCUCGUUUCAACCUCUGCCGGAAUCCGCCAAUUAGGUUGUGAUCAACCUCUCACAGGUUCGUUACUUCUUAUCCAAUUCCUCUCUCGCCUUCCUCCUCAUUCGGUUUCUCUUUCCAAUUCCGCUCUGCUUGCUUUAUAUUUGCAUGCAUGCUUUGAUCCUCUUCAAACAGCUCUUAAAUUAGGGUUUUCACCUUCGGAGAAGCCGCAGUUUCCCGGGAGGACCACAACGGAAGGUUUCUUUCUGUCUGGGGAACUGGAGUGGAGGCCUAAUAAUUCGUAUGCGUUGGGGGCUCGGGGGGCUCGGAACAGAGGAAGGGAUAUUCCCAAUGUCUUCCAAGAAUCUUUGCGAAUCUCUCCCUCUCUGUUCCCACCGGCUUCAAAAUCUCAAAGACCAGAUCGUUCGAAGAUGUUGAAAGCCCUUUCCCUACCUUUCCGGAUUGCCUCUCCACCUCUCUCUGUUUUCACAGUUGCUUCUGCCAUUUCUGGGCAGCCCAAAUUCUCCAAUGGAUAUGGCCGCCGAAAAUCUGACAGAGAAGGGGCAAUUAAAUCUGAGAAUAAAAUCCUGUCAGGCAAAUUAAAUGCCAGUAGAUUGGCAAAUACAGGUGCAGUGACUGGCAGUAAAGGUGCCAGUUACGAGAGUCCUUCACACGAUCGAUUAGUAUAUAUAACAACAUGUCUUAUUGGGCACCAGGUGGAAGUCCAAGUGAAAAAUGGAUCCACAUAUUCUGGAAUCUUUCAUGCAACAAACACAGACAAAGACUUUGGAAUCAUUUUGAAAAUGGCCCGCAUAACAAAAGAUUGUUCUUCACGAGGACAGAAAUCUGGUGCAGAAUUUUUCAGCAAGCCCCCUUCCAAGAUUUUAAUUAUACCUGCCAAAGACCUUGUCCAAGUUACAGCACAGGAUGUUGCUAUUGCCAGGGAUGGUUUACCUAAUGAAUCUCAUAAUGAUAUGCAUCAGGAAAUCAUGGUUGAUUCAUUGAUAUCUCAAUCUCGUAACGUUGAUCUAGGGAGAGAAUUAAAACCCUGGGUACCUGAUGAAGAUGAUCCACAAUGCCCAGAACUGGAAAACAUAUUUGAUGGCCACUGGAAUAGGGGAUGGGAUCAGUUCGAAACAAAUGAGGCAUUGUUUGGUGUAAAGAGUACAUUCAAUGAGGAACUCUAUACAACAAAGCUUGAAAAAGGACCUCAGACAAGAGAAUUGGAAAAGCAAGCUUUAAGAAUAGCAAAAGAAAUUGAGGGUGAGGAAACCCAAGAUCUUCAUCUUGCGGAGGAAAGAGGCUUUCACUUGCAUGAAGACUUUGAUAUUGAUGAAGAAACUAGAUUCUCUUCUGUCUAUAGGGGUAAAGGUGCUGAUGACAGUGGAUUUGAAGAGGACGUAAUGUUUAAUAAGAGGCCUAGUGAAAUAAGUGGUGGCAAAGGAAAUGAUGGAGCUCGAACAUUGGCAAAUUCCUCCUCCAUGGAUCACACACAAUCAUCUCAGUCAAGUACCAGUGUGGAUUUAAGCCGAUAUGGUUCUCAUGAUCACGCUAAGCAGUUAGCAUCUGAACUCCCUUCUAAAAGUUCUGUAUCAGGGGAUGGGGAAAGCAGGAUUCUGGAGAACUCAAUUAGUAAUCAGCCUGGAGACAAUGACACGAAGGAAGAAAAUCUGAUUCAAACUGAGGAUGUUCAACUGUCAAAAUCUGAGGAUUCGCGGGGUCCACUCUACUUGAAGAAGGAUGGCUCUGAUAAAGGGUUAUUAUCGGCUAAUGCCAGCUCCUAUGCCCCUUCAUCUCAUUCUUCAUCAAAAACUCAUGAAAAGAUGGGAUCACAUGAAGAUUUGAUUGAGGGUUCAGCAUCUGGCAAGGUUAAUGAGGAAACAAAAUCUGCAGCAUCUUCUGGUCCUGCUUUAUCUCCAAGUUCAUCAGUUGGUUCACUGUCUUCUGAAAAAUCAACUCUGAAUCCCAAUGCAAAGGAAUUCAAGCUUAACCCUAAUGCGAAGAGUUUUAUUCCAUCGCCUGCUCGGCCUCCCGCUCCAGUGUCGGAUGGUUCUUACUAUUUUCCAACUACUGUAGCUACUGUACCAAGUAUGGCAGGCAUGCCCAUGGGUGUUGGAAUUGGACCUACUUUUGCUGGUCCACAACCUAUGAUGUAUAAUCCUCAGGUAGCGCAAAUGCCGUCUCAAGCUUAUUUUCAUCCGAAUGCACCACAGUAUGGACAGCUGCUUGGUCAUCCUAGGCAAGCUUUAUACAUGCCGAGUUACCUGCCUGAAAUGCCAUACAAGGGACGGGAUUAUUGA